AUGAAUGACGACGAACUGUUCAUCAAUAUAUGCGAGAAAGUGCGCUGUACACUGCUGUCCGCCGAUAUGGAGAAGUUGAACUAUGUGCGCGAAAUGCAGGCUCGUCUCCAACAUCAAAACAUUUUCACCAAUGCGCUGGGCACCGAUAAGUACAUCGACGAAAUGGAUCUGGAUUGGAUGGAACGUGUGCGCAGCUACAGCACGGAGAAGUCAAUUUCUGACAGCUUUGAUGGGUCUGAAUCGGCGCAAAUGGAGAACCUAAUGGAGGAGGAAGAGGAAACAGCUACUAAGUCUGAAGUAACCGAAGAUCAAGCGGGUGAUGUAUGGCAAGGCUAUUUUAAAGGUUUUCAAAUUUUAAGUGAAGCUCAAGAGGGUGCCAUUGGAAACAGGAAAAAAUGCAUUGAACUGACAUGUGGAGAUUGUGAUGACGCAAUAAUUAACUAUUUGCAUGCCGGUAUAAGUUGUUUUGCUGUUGACCUAUUUUAUGGUACUGUCGUGGAUAAUCAGGCUUUGAUUUUGCGUGUUCGGGAAAGUGAACUCAAGAUUUCCAAGGAGAUCGGCUUCCCGAUAUCAUCCACAAUAUUUGCCAAACUUAGCCCACGUCUGCAAUACACUGGCCUAAUGGAACCACCAGACGCGGUAGUCGUUCUAAACAAAGGCGACGAGAUCACACUGACCAGUAUGCGAGAAUGGUCGACCCAUUGCAGCAAGACCUGCGUUUACGUGAAUGCUGCUUUUCUGUUUCACGAUGUGAAUGUUUUCGAUUUCAUUUGUAUCGGCACCGACAUACAAGUAUCUGUGCGUAAGAAGGAUGCGCAUUUGCGUUGCACUGUGGAAAUAGGUGGCAAGUUGAGCUCACGAAUGCCAGUCUUAUUCCCCUCACGGUGCACAAAAUUCCUUGUAUCCGUGGAGGAGUUGGAGGAUAUCACUUUUUGCAAGGAGGUGGGCAUAAAUAUCAUCGUCUCGUACAUUGGCGGUACGGUAGAGUACUUCGAAAAUCUAAAAUAUGCACUGAAGACAUUGAGUUGUGAUAAUAUGCGUAUAUACGCGCGUAUUGUUCUCAAUGAAGUGAAAGGUUGCGACAACGACAUGGAUUGGAUGGCUGAGAGCUACGAUGGAUUCAUCAUUGAACUGCACCCUUCGGAGAGACAUCCUGAGCGAGAUAUACUGCAUCUUUGUCCGGCCGGUGAAGCGUUCAUCAAACGCGCCUAUCAACUACAGAAAGUAAUCGUCUUGGCACCCGCUUUGAUCGCCAGCAAACAAUUGAUCGUCGAUCCAGCGCACUAUCAUCACAUAUUCCACUAUCCCGAUAAAUACAUUUUACCCUGCGAUCGCUCCAAUACCGCCUUCUACUUCUUCUAUCUGCACGACUCAAUUUCGGAAUUGCUGAUCGAAGAGGCGCUCAGCAAGAUGCCAUACUGCGAUCGUUCGCUCACCGGUAGCGACACACUGGCCCGCUCGGUCGCCUGUGCCUCGUACGAGAUGAACGCACCCUUGAUAUUUGUAUGUUCGGUAACGGGGCGCAUGGCAGCGAAGAUCUCACACUUCCGUCCGAAGGCGCUGAUAAUUUUCAUAACACGCAUGAAAUCCGCCGAGACUUUCAUUUCGAUGCAUCACAACGUACGAUUUCUCUACUAUAACGGCCUAACGGAUGAGAAUUACUACUGCUCGCUGUACAAGCAUUUGCUCUUCGGUUUGCUGUACGCAGAAUCGCAGCGUUUGGUCAAGCAGGACGACAAUGUAAUGCUCGUGUAUAGAGAGACCGCCAGCACGCGGUUGCCCACUAAGUACGUCUCAUAUAAAUUCCACGCACGCCAUUUCCCGCAGCAUUUGGAUAAGAUUCUGUUCAGCAAAUUCCCAGAAGGCUUCUUCAAAAAUCAACCCACUCAUCGUGACAGUAGACCAGUGCCUGUUGAGUCGGUAUCGAGCACGAGUACGGAUAUUUUGAUACAAAAAAUUUAUUAAUUAUUCAGCGCAGUAUUCGAAAAUUUAUUUCAAAUUCCAAAGGCGGAUUUGAACUUAUAGCUAAUAUGAAGCCAUUAAGAUAUGUUCGACGAAAUUAAAAUGAAAUUACAUGUGUAUAUAUUUUUAUGAAAUAAAUAAUAUUUGUUUUUAAAAUGUCAUAAA